CUCUCUCGCAAAUCAUCCCUCGAGUCAACCGCACCGCAGCAGCUAAUCCUUUCACCCUCGCGAAUCCACCUUUCACCGCCAUCUAGCCGUCCUGCACCGAAGCAACGUUGCGGACAUGCACGUGAUUGCGUCAAUGUGCGAGCGCGAGAGCAAUAGGGCGGGAUGAAAGCGAGAAAGAGACACGGCGCGCGAAGAACGUCAUCGACGAGCAGACGGGCAUAUCGUCGCAACAUAGCUUCUCUCUCUUUCUCGACUCGGCCAAAACCUCCAAAGUGUACACAUCAGCUGCAGGAGUAAUCCGAUGUGCAGCACCGGUCAAGCGCAAACGCGAUGAGAGUCAGCAAGUGAAGCUGUUUCUACGAUACGGAGAAGGUUAGCUGGCUGCAGUGGACGUGAUUUCCCGGAGAGAGAUUCUCAACGACUGAAGGCCAAGAUGCCAGAGGCGGAGGAGGAAAACUUCUGCAAGAAGAUGAGGCGGGCCACCAGGAAGAUACACGCGAUUAGCGAUGCCCUGGUCAACGCGAAACUCGCCUUUGGUACUUUUUAUAGUACUUUACGUUUUUUUCAACGAUGACUGAGCGAGCCUCGAUUGCUCAAGUCGUUGUUUCAUGGACGACGCUGUGUGGGCGGACGGUCUGCUGGUGUUCUACGAGGUCUUCAGAUACCUGGAAGGUGCCAUGUUGAGAUUAAAUAACACCAAGGUAGGACAGCUCAGAAUCGAGGGCCUCCAGCGGACGGAAGCUUUUGAGCGGGACCUCGAGUUUUACCUGGGAAAGGGCUGGAUGAAGAAUUACACUCCCAGGGACAGCGUGACAAGGUAUUUAAUGAGACUCAGGGAAAUCGAAGACACGGACUCUUUACUCCUGAUGGCAUACAUAUACCAUCUCUACAUGGGACUGCUGAGUGGUGGUAUAAUACUGAGAAAAAAGAGACAACUUGUGCAAAAGAUUAAUAAGAUAAAUCCGUUCCAAGACUCGCUUGCCUCUGACGGCAACAAUCUCACAGACUUUGGUGAAUACAAUAUUUACGAGUUGAAAUGUGAGUUGCGUAACACUAUGAACAGAAUCGCUGAGACAUUGGACGAAGAUACUAAAAACAAACUCCUGGAAGAAAGUAAAACUGUUUAUACGCUGAAUAAUGAGAUUAUCAGAAGUGUCCAGGGGGCCGGAGGCGUGAUUUUUAGAAAACUUGUAUAUUUUUCUAUGAUUGUUUUCUUCAUCGUCGUCGUCUUCCUACAUUUCUUUAGGCAGUAAAUAACAAAUGAAAAGAAACCUUCCAAAACUGAUGCCAGAACUGUACAUAUAUUUUUUUAAUUGCACGAGUCCUGCAAAUGAAUUAUUACUAUUUUGUCAGCAAUAUGUGCAGGAAUGUCGUAAUUUAUUAUAGUCACUAUGCAGUUCUAGUCGAUAGGUAAACAUUGUAAAAAAAAAAAAACAAGAAGGAAAGUAACUUAUUCCGAAGCACAUUUUAUGAUCAAAAAUGUAAUAUAUAAAGAGUAUCUUAGUAUUAAGAAAUACCGCGAUCUGUGCAAACAAUCGAGUCGGGCAUUUUUGCCACAAUGUUGAACAAAAAAUAAUAAAUAAAGGACAAGUCUGACUUGUGAUUACAAUA